AUGGCCGAGUCCACCAGCGCUGGAAGUAGUUCAGGCUGCUUGGACGAUCCUGACCCACAGACGGACCCUCCUUUUUCAGCGACACCGACCGAUGCGAUUCUGAGCGCACUCCGACAAAAGACCUCACCUAUCUGGUUGCAUUGCCGGCUAGCGGAGGGCAAGACAAAGCCCGGGGCAUGGGUGGAUUCUGAUGGCUCGCGAUGGUGGCAUUGCCAGCCUUGCUUUGAGAAGAAGAAAGCCAAGCGCUACAAAUACUCCGGCGGCUCAUCCACUAUCAUCAACCAUCUGCGCAGGGAGCACAACAUCAUGAUCUGCGGCAAACAUGAGGCCAGUAAGGAGGUAACAAAAAAGAGACUUGGAAAUAUUGCUUCGUUUCUGACGGGAGAAGCCUUCCAUCCUGCCAAGAAACGCAAACUGACGACGGAAGGGGACGCGCUGGACCCGGACACCCUGCGCGAGUUGUUUUGUCGCUACGCGGUCGCCUGCAGCUUGCCCUUCGCUCACAUUGAGCAGCAGUCAUUUCGUGAAUUGAUACGCUACAUCCAACCAGCCGCCGACGAUCUUCUGCCAAGGUCCGGCGACAUCGUGAAAAAUGACUUGAAGCAGGGCUAUGAUUGCAAGCAAGAGUUCGUUAAGCGAGCGCUGCAGAAUUCGCUCUCGUCGAUCCACAUUGUGCCGGACAAUUGGACAUCGCCAAACCUGCUAGGCGUCCUAGGCUUCACGGUUCAGUUUGUGACGGAAGACCAUGGCCUUCAGUCACUUGUCGUGGGGAUUAAAGAACUUGGCGGGCAGCACAGCGGCGAGAACAUGGCCGAGGCUAUCAUGGAGUUUAUACGAGAGUAUGGAAUUGCUUCCAAGGUCGGAUACUUCAUGAUGGACAACGCCAGCAACAUGAACACCAUGAUCGACCAAAUUUCCGACGACUUGGAGCGAGAGUUUGGUGUCUUCUACGACCCGCUGCCUCAUAGGCUUCGCUGCUUGGGACAUGUGAUCAAUUUGGCGGUGAUGGAAUUUCUUGUAGGCAAGAGACCGUCAACGACGGGUACAUACCUCGGGCCGUCUGCCGAACAAGUCGAGCAGUGGAGGAAGCGUGGAGCGAUAGGCAAACUUCACAACAUUGUGACGUAUAUCACUUGGACGCCACAGCGGCUUCGUACGUUCACGGCGCUUACUGAUGGCCUCAGGCUGCGCCGCGACAAUGAUACUCGCUGGAACUCUUGGUAUAAGAUGGUAGAAUGCGCCCUCCGACCCAGAGUACACCAGGCGAUAACGAUAUUCUGCGCGCAGGAGUCAGCUCUGCAAGACGAUGCGUUAAAAGCCUCCGACUGGGUAGUUUUGGCCGAGGCAUAUAAGUUUCUUGAGCCCUUUUACGAUGCUACAAUGGCCAACGAAGGAGCAACAGCGUCGUCCAUCGCUGACGUCUUGCCAACAAUGGAUUAUCUACUCCACCAUAUUGAAGCUGCUAGGGCAGCGACUGCCGAUCCUCACUUGGCCGCAAUGAUGGAGACGGCAUGGGCUAAACUAGCUGAUUACUACGAGCUCACGGAGGACUCUGCAGUGUACUCGGCUGCGACAGUGCUGAAUCUUUCGCUCAAAUGGGCAUACAUGGAAAGGACAUGGAAGGAGAAAGAGGAUUGGAUCGAAAGAGCUAAACAUCGGGUGGCAGAGCUGUGGAGAGAGACUUACAAGUCAACGACAUCGUGUCCUGCCAUUCAACAAAGUCAAGCUCAAGACCCGAUGCUGACACGACCAAACGGAUACAAGAUGUGGAUGAGAGAGCAAAAGGCAACGGUUUUCAACAUGGAUGACGAUGAGUACGAGAUGUACUGCCGGGAACCUGUCUUGAUGACAUCAGACCCAUUGCACUGGUGGCUGGAGUCCGCGCAAAGACGUAGAUUCCCCAAUCUUUCUUUGAUGGCCAUUGACAUUUUGUCGAACGCGCCCAUGUCUGCUGAAACGGAACGACUUUUUUCCAAAUCUAAAACGACAAUUACAGAUCAAAGAGGCUCUCUCAGCGUUGAAACUGUGAAUCUUUUGGAGUGCUUGCGGUCCUGGGACCAAAGUGCGCUCGUAGUCCCUUUUGAGUGCUGCUAUGCUAGUCCGACGGCGGCGAGCGACACCGUCGGGGAAGCUGGGCCGGGGAGUGAUGAUGAUAUGUAG